AAACUGAACCAAGGACACAAACACCAUUUAUUUGUGUCCUUGUCCUACUACUUUGACCGGGAUGAUGUGGCUCUGAAGAACUUUGCCAAGUACUUCCUGCAUCAGUCCCACGAGGAGCGUGAGCACGCGGAGAAGCUGAUGAAGCUUCAGAACCAGAGGGGUGGCCGCAUCUUCCUGCAGGACAUCAAGAAGCCAGACCGUGAUGACUGGGAGAAUGGCCUGACUGCCAUGGAGUGUGCUCUGCACCUGGAGAAGAACGUGAACCAAUCACUGUUAGAACUGCACAAAUUGGCAACUGAAAAGAAUGACCCACACUUGUGUGACUUCAUUGAGACUCAUUACCUGGAUGAGCAGGUGAAGGCCAUCAAGGAGCUGGGUGACCACGUGACCAACCUGCGGAAGAUGGGGGCACCCAAGUAUGGCAUGGCAGAGUACCUCUUUGACAAGCACACCCUCGGGGACAGUGACAAUGACAGCUGAAGCCUUGCCCAGAGCCACGCUGUGGGUUUCAGUGGGACUCGUACUUACUGUCCAGCCGUGCAUGCAGCUUCAGCUACCUAGAUAAACAGUUCCAUACUCUGUACCAAAUACCAACCCUCGUGUUUUAUGUACUGCCCUCCAGCCAAUAAAGUGACUUGGUUCCA